CAGUACAAGCUGCCCCCUUGUGGUCAUGUUGUGAGAUGCUUCAGUCUGGAUCAGAGGCAGAAAUCCAGAUUCAAUGAAUUCAAACAGAGCUCCAGGAAAGAGGGGGACAGAUUUACAGAAGAACAGAAGGUUUGAAACAAGACAUGAUGGUGUCAGGGUUGGUGUUUUGAAGAGAGAGGUGACAAUAGCAGAUUUAAAGGUGAGAGAGAGGGAGAAUACCUGGAGAGAGGACUAGUUACUAAUAUGGGGACCAGGAGUCAGAGCAAAUAGGGUCAAGGGAACAGGAGGCCGGAAUUACUGAAAAGAUGGGCUCAGACACAGUGAGAGGGAAGAAUCGUUCGAAACUAACAAAAGAUGUGAGUUCAGGGGUAGGGCAGGAGGUAACUUUAACGGAUGUUUAGGUUUGGGGAGAGAGGGUUGUGCCAGAAGAAAAGAAUGGUUGGACUCAUUCUUAACAAAGAGCCUGAAGGCUCCUCACAUUCAUUGCUGGAGACGUGGAGGUGCCGGUGUUGGACUGCGGGUGGACAAGGCUGAGGAUGGAAUCCGAACCCUCUCAGAAUAAACAGUUGGCGAAUCUGUCGAUGGAGUGGCGGAAACGAGUCAAGUCCGAAUACAUGCGUCUGCGCCAACUCAAACGUUUCCGGAGAGCAGAUGAAGUGAAGGAUAUGUUUAUCUGUAACCGCAACAAGAUCAGGAGCCGAACUGAGAUUCUGAAUGAAGACUGGAAGAAGCUGAGGAUCCAGCCAAUUGCUGGCAGCACAGUGGGAGCUACAAGCUAUGGCAAAUGGAAGUGCACAGUUGAGAGUUUAUUCCUGAGUUUCAAGAGUCAGACGGUCAUACAGAAGAUGCUGAGCCCAGUGGCCAUGAGCCCAGUUAUGUAUUCCUGGUCUCCUCUCCAACAGAAUUUCAUGGUGGAGGAUGAGACUGUCUUGCAUAAUAUCCCUUAUAUGGGAGAUGAGGUCCUUGAGCAGGAUGGUGUUUUUAUUGAGGAACUGAUCAAUAAUUAUGACGGGAAAGUGCACGGAGACAGAGAGUGUGAUUUUAUCAGCGAUGAGAUCUUUACUGCACUUGUCCGUGCGCUCAUUCGGGAGUCAGAUGAUGAAGUUAAGCCGACAACUCCCUCUCGCACGAACAGCCGACGGAAUAUGAAACAAGGACAGGAUGAGUCGCUGUGCAGUGAUCAGAAUGCCGAGGACGGGACUGAAGAGAGGUCCAACAGAAGGCUCCCUCCCGACAAGAUCUUCAAAGCCAUCGCCAUGAUGUUUCCAGACAGGGGCUCUUCGAAGGACCUGAGAGAGAAGUACUGGGAGCUGACAAAACUCUGUGAUCCCUCAGCAGCCCCUCCAGAGUGCACUCCGAACAUUGAUGGACCUAAUGCUAAGUCUGUGCAGCGCCAACAGUCCCUGCAUUCCUUCCACACCCUUUUCUGCAGACGCUGCUUCAAGUAUGACUGCUUCCUGCACCGUGAGUACUGCCCAGUUGUUGUGGGGCAAUGAAAUCCUGUGUGUUUGUCAGGCCUGGGCUGUCCUUGCUCCUCUGAUCUGUGUGUCUCAUUGGAGAGAGUUCCCAUGUCGAAGCCAGUCAGUGAUAGCAGUGAUACUGGGGCUGAAGGGCAGCAUGGGAGAGGUGGAAUAAGCAUUGCAUUAAACUGGUAACAGCUCAAACACUGUCAGGGAAGUACUGAAGAUGAAGGCAUCUUGCAGCAGCUAAACUAUCUCACAUUUACUUUCAUAUCUUUUCCCCAGCCUCCAAGAUUCUCACCCAUCAUACCUCUGGCCAAGGCACAAACUCCCAGUGGGCUAGUCACAGCCAAUUGGGACCCAUUUACACUGUAAAGAUCCCCUAUGAGUGUGUAACUGUGUCUGUAUUGCCCUGGUGUGAGUGUG